UUUGGUGGUUAUAGGAGCUGAUGUCUACUUGGCGUUGUGGUACGAGAAGUAUGCAAGGGCUCUAUACAUAAUCGGAAGACCACACCACACGACGGCAUACCCAAUGAACACAAAGGGAACCAAAGAUGUCCUCGGCGCACGCUAGGUUGUCAUUUUUGUAUGGCAUUGGCUCGAGUUUAGUCUAAGUCUACACGGCCCUUCGGUGGCCGGUCACGAUGCGGUCAUCCUGGCGUUGUCGAGGCAAAUUUGAGCAUCGCAAUUCCGCAAACUCGAGGCCGCCUUGAUGAAAAAAAAACAACAUGGAAAAAAAAGGAAUGGUGGGAGGUCAUCCCAUUUGAGUCACUCAAAAAAAUGCCUUCGUUACGCUAUCGCCCUGAAAUGCUGGCAGAUGUGCCAGAAGAGCGCAUUUCCUUCCUGAAGCAAUAUGAGGACUGGUUUACUGUGGAGACACCCAAACUCAAGAAGAUCACCAAUCACUUCGUGAAAGAGCUGGACAAGGGCCUCUCAAAGGAGGGCGGCAACAUACCUAUGAAUGUGACUUGGAUAACGGCAUUCCCCAAUGGCAGUGAAGAAGGACGAGUGCUGACUAUAGAUAUGGGCGGUACAAACCUCCGUGUCUGCGAUGUAUACCUCCCAGCUGGUAGGAGGGAUUUCGAACAAACCCACAAAAAGUACAAACUGCCCGAGGAAAUCAAGACGGGCACCGGAGAACAACUUUGGGGUUGGAUCGCCGAUUGCCUGAAGUCUUUCAUGGAAGACAAGCGCAUCGAGGCACCGGAGGGCGAAAAAUUCUCGUUGGCUUUUACAUUUUCUUUUCCAGUCUAUCAGUGCCAGAUCAGACAUGGUGUCCUUCAACGCUGGACGAAGAAUUUCAAUGUGACGGGGGUCGAAGGCCACGACGUGGUGCAGCAGCUUGAGGCGGCCAUUGAGAGGAAACAACUUCCAGUCCAAAUCGUAGCCUUGAUCAACGACACGACGGGCACGCUUCUUGCCUCGCAUUAUUGCGAUCCUCACGUCAAAGUGGGCUCAAUUUUUAGCACGGGUUGUAAUGCUGCAUACAUGGAAUAUUGCAAGAACAUCCCAAAGCUGCAGGGAAACGGACUUGCAGAAGACGCGACGGUCAUCAUCAACACCGAGUACGGUGCGUUUGAUAAUGAUCGCAAGGUCCUUCCCCGAACACCUUUCGAUGUACAGAUCGACCAGCGAUCCGUCCGACCUGGAACGCAGAUUUAUGAAAAGAUGGUGGCUGGACUGUACAUCGGCGAAAUGCUUCGUCUAGUGUUGGUCACGCUCUGGGAGGAAGGCAAGCUCUUUCAAGGCCAAGACAUCAGUCGCCUCCGAAGAGAGCAUGCCGUCGACGCGACGUUUCUCUCAAUCGCGGAGCUUGAUAUCACAGAGGGGCUCAGGGAUAUGCGUGCUGAGUUUGAAGAGAACUUUAGCUUGUCACCAAGCAUGGAUGAUCUCAAGAUAUGCCGGUAUCUAAUCGGCCUAAUUGGCAAGCGUGCGGCGCGCCUCUAUGCAUGUGGAAUCGCGGCCAUAUGCAAAAAAACCAAUACCUUGAGAUGCCAUGUUGGCGUGGAUGGCGCAGUGUUCAAUAAAUACAGUGGCUUCAAGUCGCGGGCAUCCCAGGCUCUACGCGAAAUCUUCGACUGGCCGGCAGAGGAGUUGGACCUGAUCGCGCUCAAUCCGUCGCAGGAUGGUUCAGGCGUCGGUGCAGCACUGGCUGCAGCUUUGACCACGGGAUGCGAAAGCAGAGGCAGAUCAGCCAAGACUGCUUUUCUUGUUUAGAUGAAUAGAGAGAUCACAAUAUAGAAGAA